CAUUCUGCAUCCAGAUAUAUAUAUAUGCCGUCCCCUGUCAUCCUCUCUGGACACAGCAGCCACGGCAGCAAUUGCCUGAAGACACCGCGAGUAGAGCCAGUCCUUGCAACCACCAACAAAAGCUACUCCAUGAUGUGGGAGCUCCGUUCGGUAGCCUUCACUCGGGCUGUCUUUGCAGAAUUUCUGGCUACCUUGGUUUUCAUCCUCUUUGGCCUGGGCUCUGCUCUGAACUGGCCCUCAGCUUCCCCGAGCAUCCUUCAGAUUGCCCUGGCUUUCGGCUUGGCCAUCGGCACGCUGGUCCAAGCGCUGGGGCACAUCAGCGGAGCCCACAUCAACCCGGCAGUGACGGUGGCUUGUCUCAUAGGCUCGCACGUCUCCUUCCUCCGCGCGGUCUUCUACGUGGUGGCCCAGCUGCUGGGGGCUGUCGCUGGGGCAGCCAUCUUACACGAGAUCACCCCACCAGAGGCCCGGGAAGGCUUGGCCAUCAACAAGCUGCACAACGAGACCACGACGGGGCAGGCUGUGACCAUCGAGCUCUUCCUCACCUUCCAGCUGGUCCUGUGCAUCUUCGCAUCCACCGACGAGCGACGGGAGGACAACCUGGGAUCUCCCGCUCUGUCCAUCGGCCUCUCCGUUGCCGUGGGACAUCUCCUCGGGAUCCGUUACACCGGCUGCUCCAUGAAUCCAGCCAGAUCUUUCGCCCCUGCCGUGAUAGUCGGAGAUUUCAGCGACCACUGGGUCUUCUGGGUGGGCCCCUUGGUCGGAGCAGCAGCAGCCUCAGUGCUCUACAAUUACAUCCUCUGCCCGCAAGCCAAAACCUUCUCGGAGAGGCUGGCCAUCUUCAAAGGCUUCGAGCCGGAGGAGGACUGGGAGGAGCGUGAAGUCCGCCGGAGGCAGUCCGUGGAGCUCCACUCCCCGCAGACCCUGCCAAGGGGGAUGUCGGAGAAGGUGUAGCUGCAUCUCGCCCCAGACUGAGAGAGGAGCUGGGGAAAACUCGGACGUCCGUUUUAGAAACGGCACCUGGUCGGAUGAGCGUUUCACCUCUCCCCUCUCUCUCCUUGCUUUGCUGGGGGGGUAAAGUGGACUCAUCUCCCGGGGGAGAUGCACAUUGACAGCUCAGCUCACCUUCUGUCACCCAGCUCUCCCCGUGGCUGCCGGUUUUCUAACUCUGGGGGAAACGGCAUUAAACCAAAACCACCAGCGUAGCAACAGAAACGAGGACAACGGGGGUCCUAUUCUAGGCUGGCAGCUCCCAUGGUCCCUCUCUAGGGGAGGUGAGUCCCCCCUCGCGGGAGGCAGCACUCGUCAGAGCUUGUUGCCCUUCACGAAGAGCUCCGAGUCCCCGCGCAGAAUUGUUAUUACAGCCAUUUCGUGGGUGUGGAUGUUGCCACCCGAUGCCUCACUGCCCUCGAACUUCACCUACCUGGCUCCCAUCCCUUCUCGCCGCCCGGCUGUUUGCAAACACAUGAGCGUUUCCUCCGUGCCACAAGUAUCUCGCAAACUGCAAGCGUUGCUGAUGUGAGAGUCCAAAGCACCAUUUACAGCCCCCCCAGAGGACACGGGCAUCCUUUGUGUGCAUGGAGGCUUUCCUGAGACCACAGGAUUGGACACAGGUCCUUGACCCCAUUGGAGAGCUCGUCCUAAAGCUCUCUGCUGUGACGAUGAGACACCUCCUUCUAGUUUCCAGCCCAUAUUCAUUCAUGGCUCAUUUGUUCUUGUACCAGUGUUGUUCUUCAGCUUCAGUGGCUCUUCUAUCUCUCUGAUUUUUUGCUUUCUUUCCUCCAUUCCUCUGCACAAAGUAUUUCAGAUGUAAUCUUCUCGGGGCUGGUACGGCAACACGAGACACUUUCCCAUCUCUUGCUUCCUGCAGCCCAGGCCAUUUUCACAGCCACAUCGCACCAAUGGCUCAUAACCAACCCACCUCUUUCCCCUGCUUUGUCAGGACCCAGUUACAGUUCCCAAAGUAGUCUAAGGCUUUUUGCCUUUGGGACUUGACUUUGCACUUGAGCAUUCAAUUUCAUCCCAUUUCUAUUACUCAGCCUAAAAGUCAUGCGUUUCCUGCACAACAUCCCAAUUCUUCUUUCUAUUGGUGGUGUUCCUCAGCAUUGCAUCACCACACUCAAGCUAUUUCUGCCAAGGUCAUUAAUGGAAAUAUUCAGUAAAACUGGACCCAGUUCCAAAUCAUAAGGAGCACUGCUGAUAAUUUUCCUCCCUCUGAGUGUUUCAGCAUGAACCACCAUCACUUCUUCUCUUCCUCUUCUUUAUCCAUGGUGCACUGCUUGUACCAUCCUCUUAUAUUGAAUUAAUAAGUUCUUCUGCUUCUGUGCUCUUCCUCAGACAAGCACUAAUGGCUAUUUCCAGACAGAAAACAGGAGUAAACAAUCUUUAAUCUGACCCAUACGAGAUGUUUUCAUGGUCUUCACUUCACUGAACCGAGUGAGACCGAGAGCAUGGGAUCUCCUGCAUCACCUCCUCUAGUUGUCAUCUGUUCACCAUCCCUAAUGUCUACCUGCAGAAGAAGGGGAGAAAUUCAUUGAUUUAUUCACUGUGAUCCCAGGAUCCAUGUUACUCCUCUAGCCAAUUAAUGCAAGUGUCUCCCAAAGGCUGCUGUCAAAGUGUAGCAAUUUUUAGCUAUGGUUAAUCCAUAUGUCAGGAAAACCCAAAGAAACGUACCCAGAAUUUAUCCUGUCAAAGAGCUGCUGUAGAAAACCCUGUACAGCUGAUUCAUAUUCUUCCUUUUUUUAAUGUUCAUGUUAAUUACAUGCCUCUUCUUCUGAGCUAAGCAUUUAAUUUAUUAUUUACCUGACAAUGUUUAAGAUUAAUUUAAACUGAACAAAGCCCUAGAAAAUGAGUUUUUAAUGUCUGACAAUUUAUUGUACUCUUUGAAAUAAAGUGCUUUAAAUCACUUCUAUGUAGCAAACCAGUACAUGCAAAUCAAAUAAAAAUAAUGACACAUUUAUAGCCGUAGAAGAU